UUGUCUACUAUCCCGCAAGGAGAGUUCUGGGAUAUGUCAUAUGACCAAAAUGGCGGCAUCUUCAACUGCAGAAGUUGCGGGGGACAUGAGUGAAGAAGCGCACGCGGAAUACGCCGUCCAGUACUUCGGGUUCACGCCACAGUCGUUCGCGGAUGGAGUAUUUAAUGUGAUGGUGGACAACCUGUAUGACACCAUGGACGCUGCUGAGCACUACUUGGUGUCUAGGAACAGGGACGUCCCAAAAGAGGAAGUCAAGGCUGGUACACAAGAAGUCAUUCUGAAAUUUCUCCAGGCAUUUAAGAAAGCUUUUGACAAGUUGGAGUUAUACCUUCUGUCCAACCUGUUCCACCUACCUAACUAUGUGCUGUUACCAGAGGACAAGGUUCAGAUGGAACAGUACACUCCAGAGGAGGAGGCACAGCUAGAUGAGGAGCUGGAUGUUCUCAGACAGAAAAUAAGAAAUACAGUGUAUGUGAACACCUGUCUGAAGCAGGAGCUGGAGGAUCUUGGGAAGGUGCAGCUGCAGCUGGAGCGGCUGCUGGUGCAGGUGGCUGAGAUAGAGAGGACCUGCAGUGAUGCUGGUGUGCAUGAGCUGAAAGAAGCUAUCGUGUUUCGGAGCAGUAAAGUGACGUCAUUGGUGGACAUGCUGACGUCUAUCAUGGCACAUGGUGGGGACACAGAACACACACAGGAACAACUGACAGACCUGCAGGAGAAAAUAACUAGGAUUUCCUGAACCAAAGUCUCAAGAAGACUCUAGAGGACAUUCCAUACCUGUUACCUAAGCUAUUGUAUAUUGUAUCUGUUGUAAGACAAACCAUGCAGAGAUGUUGAAUGUAUGCUAGCAUCUUGAGCCUUACGUCUGUUGUAGAACAUUACCAGUAACUGUGUAAGGCAAGUGUGGGGAUAAAUAAGUACAUGGACCACUAAAAGUACCUGCAAAACUCCAAUUUUACCAGUACUAACCUGUAUGUUUGAUAUUUUGGGACCUGAUAUUGUAUCUUAGUGUCCUGUUGUAUUCAUUUUUGGAAAUCACAACAUGUAUUGCUUAGAGGUGUAUGUACAUGUAUACUACAUGUAGAAGAAUGCAAAACUUUAUAGCAUUUCUUUCCUAGGUUACCUUUUAGAUAUAGAUUAUGAUCACUCAGUGACCAUACUGUGACCAAAAUUUUUGUGUGACUCUUGUCCGCUUCAUUAUUUUAUGGAUAUAACUUUUACUAGCAUAGAGCCAUUUUAUGUUUGUUUGCUGUUGUGGGUCUGAUAUUGAAUCUGGGAGCAUAAACAAGGACAAAAGAUGUAUACAAAUGCUUAAAACAUUGUAGAAAAAGUAUGAAGUUUAUAGUAAGGUGCCUGGUUUGACUUGCGCAUGAAUUUCCAUGUAUUAAAGAUGU